AUGACAACACCAACAACAGCUGUGACAGCGCUAUACGUGUUGGAGGACAUUGUGAUGGUGGUGGUAAGAGUGAAGAGAACCAUUAGGUGGGUGGCGACUGGCGAACGCGGGUGCGCUGAGCGGGUGGUGACUGGCUGGCAGUCGGGAGGCAGUGGGCUGGGCCGACCCUCAGUUUGGUGCGAGCAGCAUGAGUGGCUGCACGUUGUCCCGUGUCUCUCCCGUCCCUCACUGCUGUCGCCUCUCCUCACCUUUGCCAUGAAGGCGCCCUGCUGUCUCCUGGGGGCGGCUGCCCUGCCGCGCCCCCCAGAGCGGGCCAGUGGCACCCCUCGCCCUGCACGGGGCUCUGCCGCGUGCCGGGCCUCGUACACUUGCAUGUUGUGUGUUUGCUGGGUAGUGCUGGUGGUGGUGACCAGGGCCAGUGCCUACGCCGCCUGCCCCGUGAGGACAGAUGCCCGCGAUGUGGCCUCCAAGGCGUACGUGUCACCGCAAGUAGUAGAGGCGGUGGUGAGGGAGGUGGGCCCCCGUGCGCCCGGUCGUCCCUACACCGUCACCGUCACCGUCAACAAAAAGUUGCGAGGUUACAGAGGGCGUGCAAGGGUGAAGAAGCGUGACAUUCUCACCCUCACAUUUCGCUACCCUCUUACCGAUACUGACGGAGGAUUUAGUGCCGAGGAAAGUGACAGUGAUGGUGACUGCUUGGUGAGUGCCGCCCUUCAGCCGCGCCAUAAGUACCUGCUGUUCCUGAGCGGCUCCAAUGAGCGGGGUGCGGAACCCCUGCCCGUAGCGCCCCCGGAGACCGCCUCCAGGAAGCUGCGACGCCUCGUGCGCAAGACGGUCUGCAAAAACUGCGCCCAGGCCCCGCGGGUGAGGGGGCUGCAGGACGACUCGGUGGUGGAGGGCUACAACCUGACGCUGGAGUGUUCCGCUGAGGGCCUGCCGCCCCCUGAGUUGUUGUGGUACAAGGACGGCGCGCCCCUCACUUCAGGGCGGCACGUGCGCGUCCGAACAUGGACCAAAAGGCUCAAGAAGAGGAGAAAGAGCCUCGGGCGCCACGCGAGGAGCACUGCCGUUGUAGGGGUGCAAGCUGAGUCAAAUGGGAGGCGCCGUCUUCCCCUAAGGAGUCUGAGGCGGCGGCAUGAUCACAGCAGACAUGCUAGCACGAGCGAGGCUGUGGAGAGGAGGAGGGCAAGCAGAGGAGUUCGGAAGGGAAGAAGAGGAAGAAAAGGGGCACAAGAUAGUGAAAGAAGCAGAAGGAGGAAACAAGGAAAGCGAGAAGAGAGACGACGAAGAAUAGGCCGCGACGGAAGGCGACGAAUAUCACCGACGAAUGACGACGACUCGUCAAGCCCAGCGACGAGGAGACGACAGGCCGAAGCCGAGAGGCAACAAAACCCGUCAUCCUCCCGCAGGUGGAACAAGGGCAGCGACGGGACACCAGCAGGCGGGGGCAGUAAAAAGUCCGGGCGGAAGGGGCGGCGACCCAUCACGCCCUCCCAGCAGCGGGUGGUGCAGGUGUCCGAGGUGAAGGUCCACGACACCUCGAGGCGCAGGGACGCGGGCCAGUACAAGUGUGUGGCGCGCUCCGUGGUGGGCGAGGCGGAGAUAGAGGCGACCAUACGAGUUGUACGACCCACUGUCCCAUCCAUCAACCCCCACACUCUGGUGGAGAAGUGCCCCUACGACGGCUACUGUCUCAACGGAGGCACCUGCAUGAUGUUCACGGUGGUGGGCGAGCUGGUGUGCCAGUGUGCCGAAGGCUUCAAGGGUCAGCGCUGCCAGGAGAAGGAGGUGUACCCAACUUUCAAUCGAAACUGCCACGGCCCGAUCAGAAAUCUGCGACAUUCCCAGGGCCGCCGCUGCCCCCGCAACCAACCCGCCGCUCUCUGGGAGCUCCUGCAGCAGACCCUAGCCCUCAGGCGACAACACAAAGUGACGCCCUGGACCAAGACACAGCUUCUUCUCUGGCCCACCGCCCGUCCUAGAGCCGUCACUUGGCCCCCAUAGACAGAACCUUACCGCUCCCUCCCUCGCCUUAGUACACUCCCCGCUCCCAUAAGCUGAUCCGUUCUUCUCGUACCCGCCCUUCUCUACAACUGCUAACUUUCCUCGCUAUUCCUUAAAUCCUUCCCGCAGCGGACCAGACCCCACCAGAAUCUCCUGACCUCUUUCACCACCCAUCACAGGCUUCCCGACGCUCCUGCGCCUUCACCCAUCGUCCUUACUAAGCUGCUGCAUCCCGAGGCUAAUCCUCCACAUGGACAGAGGCUGCUGUCGCCGAACACAGGCCAUGCCGCGUCCAUCGAUCACUCCCUCCCUGGGCAGCGGUGCCGUUAUCCCUGCCACUCUAGUCCUCCAUCGUGCAGAAUCCCAUGCAGAGGAAAUUGGUCCCCAUUACCAGUAGGAAUUCGCCCCUCAUCCAGGGACCACAUGCCCUCAGAGGCUAGAGACAGAAAUACCCAGCACAGGCGCCCGCUCCACCCUUGUGUCACUCCCUCUAGUGAUGCAAUCCUUCAUGCUGGAGCAUUGCCAUGUAGCUGUCCUCGUUCACGUUAGUAGUAGCAUCAGGAACGUCAGUAGAAGCAACAGCCUUUAAAUAGCACCACCCAUCUAGGAUCAGCCCGUCACCGCUUACCUCUUAGCGUGGAAACAAGUCGCCCUGCGCUAUCGCGCUGUGUUUUAGUCGCUUUAUCAAUUUCAGAACAGUUUUAUGUUGUACGAGUCUCUCGCCGAUGAUGAAGCGCCACACGCGGGCACUGCACGCAAUACUCACUUGUACUUACUGAACACCGCUGCUCCCAGAGGUCUGCUGCUCCUGAAGCCUCUGACGGAAGGUGGCGGUGGCGGUGGCGACGGCGGCAGUGAGCGUUAAGAGAGGCCGUGCGGGAGGGAGGGUAGCGAGGCGCCGCAGUGUAGUGUAAGCAAGCCAAAGAAACCAGUAGUCAUAGAUGUAAGCAGCCCGCGGUGGGUCCACGGAGCCUCCCUCAGGGGCAGGGCGGCCUCCCUUCCUCCCGCGGUGGCCCAAGGGAGUUGAGUGACACUCGGCAGAGGACGAGUCCCGGCCCAGUCUGCUGCCUGACCGCGCCGCGAGGCUGUAUGCUGCCGCCGUGCGGGUCCAUUAUUACGAAGGUGGCAGCCGGGGAUCAAAGAAAAGAAAAAAAAGACAUGUAUACUUGUAUAUAGCCGUGUAGACUAUAAAAUAAUAUGUUGAUAGUGGUGAUGUGUUGAAAGAGCUUGAGGUGGAAGGUGAGCAGUGUGAGGCGGCAGGCGUCACGCAGGCCAAUACAUGCCCUGCCCCAUUAAGCCGCCCUUUGCAUUUAUGAUGGUGGAGGAGCGUCGACCAGUGACUGUCUGUUAUCGAUGUACAUAGUUGUGUUCUGCCUCUGCAUGCCAUUGUAUAUUUUCUCCGUAGCCACGCAAAUCACCCGUCGGUUGGCACCAGCUCCUCCCCAUUACCUGUCUAUUGAAGCAGACCUCCGUGACCGUGGCUGCAGAACCUCGUCUCUGCUUGUCCCACUCGGCAGGAGAAGACCCUGCCGGAAUGUUGACGUGGUAACCCGCAGUGAAGGAAGUCUUUGUCUGACUGACUCCAAUACUCCUGCCUAGUCCACAGUACUCCGACAGAAGUUUCGAGUUCUAUCAUUACCGGGAGUUUCAGGGCGGGAUGUCAUUGCCUCCAUCACCCGUCUGGAUUUCUCCUGCGUCCUAAACUGUACACUGACUUUUUUUUUUUCUUUCUUGACUGAGCCGCUGGCUGGCUCAGGUCCACGAGUUAUGUAUGGCACAAGAGUUUGUAGAGUGUUUCCUGGCACUGAUAGUGCCAAGCCAACAGAGGCUGAAUGACCGGCCUGCCUGGCUGCAGGCUGGUCCGGCGCCCCGCAGCAGUCCCUUCCUGCUGUUUGAGGAAGCAGACCACACGCAGGCCGGGCCCUCUCUACCCCACGGACCUUGACAAGCUUGUAGUAGGACAGUGAAGCAUCAUAGUCUUGGACCAUCCCGGCUGGCGGCCUGCAUCCCCAAGGCCGGCAACAUCUGCAGGCUGUCCAGGCACACAACACUCUCAGACCAUGGCUGCACGAAGGUGAUCACCAUUCGUCUUGCCGCCGACACAUGUUCUGCGAGACCCGGGGCGCCACGCAGGGUCUUCAGGACUGAAGCAGUCACACCAUGAACGGAUUGAGAAUGACGAUGGUCUACUUGCGGCAUCGCUCCACCCUGUCCUGCCCCGCCCUGCCCCGUCCCGCCCCACUGGGCCUGGGGCAGGAAUUCAGCGCCCCCGACUUUGGCGCUGCCCGUAGCUCCGAGCAGAGGGUGGUGGUCCCCUCCGCCGCCUCGUUAUGAUUCCACUUGCCACAAACCAACUACCUCAGUUGAUAGUGUACAGUCGUAAAGGCGCGAGUCCUGCGUUAUGGCGCGGGGCGCCUCUCCGCCCUGCACUGGCAGCGUCUCUCGUAUGUUGUGUUGCUCUUGUUUUCAAGGUCACAGAGGCGCUGGUUUUCAUUACUUGUAUGUAUGUGUCAGGCCGCGGCGGGGCCAUGCACGCGGCAGACACACUGGGUCCCGCGAGGCUGUUAUUCAGUGAAUUUUUAUAUUUUUUUAUUUGCUGAGGACCACCACCCCAAACCCUCACCCCGCGGGGCGCCGCCCAAGGAGCGUCCAGCGGGUGUUGCCCGGACUGUAUCUAGUGUUGUAACGAUCGUAAAACUAUAUAGGCGUUAAUAGAUGUUUUAUUUAUUUUUGCUGCCCACUGUGUCAUAAUUAUGUAGGUGAUGCUUACUUUGUGUAGGCCACGUGCUGACCGUCUGGUGUCAUUUGAAAUUUACAAGAAAUUUAAAAGUCCAGUAUAUGUAAUGUAAACUGUAAAUAUCAUUAAUUAUAUUGAUGUGUGUCGUCACGAACGAAUCUUGCCGCAGAUGCAUUUAUGUGACUUGUACGAUGUUAGAGAAGCCAAAAAAAUAAAUCACAUUAGGAUCCUAAGGAUUGUCA